UGUAUUUGUAACACGCCCAGCGCUUCUACACGAGUCUAUGACAACAUCUGCUUUCAUAAAGUCGACCCAAGCGAUCCUAACACCUUGGAGAAGAUGCUGAACAAUGAUCUAGCUCUCUUUACCUACCGGAUUCUCAUUCAAAUAUCGAGUUCAGGGUCAACGUCAGGCCAACUAUCUUGAGUAUCAUCGACACCGCUCGUAGCGUCAUGUCGAGACACAUCGCGUGCGAGAACCUACCGGAACCUUGUGGUGGAGGUGGUCUCCCUCCUAUCGAGUCAGGCCUGCACACCACGGAGCACGAAGAUGAAGGGAAGGAAGCCUGGAUGUAUCAACAUGCCAUGACAGGAAACCCUAUGCUCCAAGAAAAUCAGUCGAAGUCGUUUGGAGGUUUGAAACCGUGGCUCUUCUGGUUCAUACUGGCUGUUGUAAGCCUAGUCGUAAUCGCUGCGUCUGUGGGCGGAGCUGUAGGUGGCUCACUAGCAGUCAAAGGGAACGGUAAUAGUGCGCCACCAUCUUCUGUGCAGAGCUCACCAACCGCUAUACUUCUGUUCAGCACAGCCGGCUCAAGUGAUCAAACGUCCUCCGGAUCACUGAGCUUAUCCUCCUCCAAACCCACAAGCAUACCCCCUUCUCUCGUAACCACGGACUGCCCAGCCAGCAACAGUACAUCGUUCACACCCAGGGCACCUGGCGGCAAUCCAGGACAAUACGAAUUUACCAAACAUUGUGGGUUUGACACCGAUGGACGGACCUUGAUCAAAGCUUUCGUCCUAGACCUCAAUACAUGUCUUGCGCUUUGCUCGGAUUGGAACUACCGUCAAACGGGUGGUGAUAUGUGUAACUCAGCGGCAUUUAAGGUUAACGAGCCACCGCCGGCGAAUUGCUGGGCAAAGACAGGGGCCAUGUUGAGGCUAAGAGAUAAAGUGACUGCUGCUCUACUGCAAUGAGGGGCUGGGGAAGGUACUAGGGAAGGUACCCGAAGAUGAUUGGUGAUGUGCA